AUGCCGGAAGAGGAGUUGGUUGAUAUCAAGUUUAGGUUAUACGAUGGUUCUGAUAUUGGACCGUUUCGGUAUUCUUCUGCUGCUACUGUUGAUAUGCUGAAGCAAAGGAUUGUCUCUGAUUAUCCUAAAGGCAAAACAGUCGUGCCAAAGUCAGCAAAUGAAGUGAAAUUGAUUAGUUCUGGUAAAAUCUUGGAAAACAACAAGACUGUCGGUCAGUGUAAAGCACCAUUCAGCGAUAUUGCCGGGGGAGUUAUAAUCAUGCAUGUUGUUGUACAGCCAUCUCUAUCAAAAUCUAAAGCCGAAAAGAAGAUUGAUGAUUCAUCCAAGAAGGUUGUCUGUUCUUGUUCUAUAUUGUGA